CCAGCCAACGCUCAACGCUGCGCCACGGGAAACGGGAAACCAUUCAGCUUUAAGCAAGAGAACAAACGCAAACGGAGGGAGAAAACAGAAUCCGAUCCGGAUAAGAUCUUUCGAUGUAAACCUCCAUCCUCAAUAAGGAACACCAGCAACUAUUCUGUGAUAAGCAAACAGCUAAGUGGGAGACAACUCUGAGGCUGUGAUAAAUUCCCGUACAAAUAGCUACUCCAAUUGUGCCCAGCCAUAUCUAUGACAUCGAUCAACAUGCAGCCAGAGCACCCGAGUCAGUGCGACCCAAUGUUUAGUAGUAUUGUUAGAAGAGAUUUUAAUGAUAGCGGAAUUGCCGAUGGCAAGUUCCGCACCAUCUCGACUUCGUCUUGCGCCACGAACAUGUCGAAUGAGUCCUACCGCAUCUCUCUCGGCGUAGGGCCUCUGUGGUGGUCCGAUGUCCCUGUCCACCACAGAACAGAUCACGAUAGGGCAUCGCUCUUAACGGGCUACAGCCGUAAGUCUUCGGUCGACUCGGCUGGUGGCAGCUUGUACGAGGCCAGUUCCCGGUCUUCAUCGCCCUCCUCCUCUUCAGAAUGCUCUGACUCGGAGUCGCAAAACGAUAUCCAUUCGUUGUGCUCGGACGAUGAUUGCCAGGAGGUGCUGCGCCAGAUCUUGCAACAUGACCAGCCAGUGCAGAUUUCCAUCAAGCUGCAUGUGACCGAAGACCAGUACACGAAUUGGAUGUCGAUUUUGAACCCAGUAAACAACAUGCUAUAUGUCGCCUUCCCCAAGGAUCUACCGCCAGCUGGCUCCAAGGAGACCUUCCUUUCCUUGUUGGAGUUUGCCGAGGAUAAGCUUGAGGUUGACGGCAUUGUAAUGGCCAUGCGCAAAGACCAUCCGGAGCGCACACGUUUGAUUGAGGCAUUUUUGUUUAUGGGUUUUGAACCAAUGUCUAGAAAGGCACCACAGGCCCCACCAUCGGCCAUUAAUGACAAGGAUAACUACUAUUUUCUCUACACCAUCGAGGGGUAGUUCUACGGCGCGAGAAACGAUUUCCGAAGCAAAGCAUAACCUUUAUAUUAUUACAACACUAAUAUAUAUUCACAAACUGCAAUACACGUAGCAGCAUCCCCAGAUAUUACGCCACGCCAAUCAACAUAUGUACAUCAUAUAUAUACCAAUUGACAUAUUGUCCCCAAUGUGUUCAACUCAAUGAAAUCAAACAAUUUAUUCAAAUCUUGGUGUGUAUGUAUUCGAAAAUCGUUUUUAAGUCGUCUUUAGAGCGACCGUAAUUAUUGUGGUAGUCAUUUUAUAAUUCCCACUACUAAUCUAUUUGCGCAAACCACGUUAAGAGCAAGCUAAAAUUGUCGUAAACUAUUACAUCAAACUAUAACCGAAAUAUAAAAACCACGAAAAUGUAAAAAAAAAGUUAAAAACUAAGAAAUGUAAAAAAAAACAAUGUAUUAGUCGUAAGUUUAUUUGUGAAUUAACCAAUAUUUUUGGAUUUAUGUUUUCGCUUUUUGUUUAUAUUCAUGUUUUUUUCAAUCAGUUUAUUUCAAUUAUUAUAUUUAACCAUAUGGGAAUGAAUCAUAAGAGUAAUCCCAGUUUUUUUUUAUACUAUCAAAUAUUUUAUUUAUGUUCUUAUUAACAUUUUGUACGUUUACCUUUUUGCAAAGAGAAGAGAAACUGAGCUGCUAAGGAGCACUCAAAGGGAAACACACAUAUUCAUGUACAAGCUAGUGCACCUACGCCAGUAAAUACAUACCUAUAUAUGCAGAUACAAUAUUAAUAAAAAUAUAAAUCAAUAGAUUCAAGAACAAAAA